GAAUUACGUACCGUCUGAGAAAUGUACAGAUUCAGGACUGGAGUUAAAUUAUUCGGAAGAAAAUUCAAAUUUGAUGCCUCGAUCACCGAUCGACGCUCGAUCGGUCGAAGUAGCGCCCUUAUUUACGGAACUGAAGUGGCUGCGGCAAAAUUGAACGGAGUACCAAUCGUUGCUCUGGAAUCAACGAUACUCACUCAUGGAAUGCCGUAUCCCGAUAAUUUAAAAACUGCUUUAAAGGUCGAGGAGAUAAUCAGAAAACAAGGGGUAGUUCCAGCUACUAUCAUUAUUUUGGAGGGUAAAGUGCACAUUGGAACAAACGAAGAAGUCUUGGAAAAACUAUCAAAGAAUGAAUAUGGGCAAACCAUAAAAUGUUCUCGUAGAGAUCUUCCAUGGGUGACUUCCCAGAGAUUAAAUGGUGGUACUACUGUCAGCGGUACAAUGUUUAUCGCGAAAAAGGCUGGUAUUUUCGUUAUGGCGACUGGUGGAAUCGGAGGUGUACACAGAGGUGCGGCGUCUACGUAUGACGUGAGUGCCGAUUUAACAGAAUUUGGUAAGACACCCGUUGCUGUUGUGUGUGCCGGUGUCAAAGCCAUUCUAGAUAUCGCCAAGACAUUGGAAUACUUGGAAACUCUGGGAGUUACCGUUACGACGAUAGGAGAAUCGGACAAAUUUCCUGCAUUUUAUUGUCACGAGACAGUAGCUGAGAUAAAAUCUCCUAUUAGGGUUUCAAAUGCACGAGAAGCAGCGGAUAUGAUAGCUGCUCAGUGGGAAUUAGGUCUUAACACGGGGAUACUUUUGGCAGUUCCGAUACCCAAGGAUCAAUCCUUGAAUCCAGAGAUGAUAGAAUCCGCAAUUCAAGAAGCUCUUAUGAGAUCUCACGAGAAGGGUAUCAUUGGCAAAGAUAUUACUCCGUUUCUUCUGAAGGAAGUUAGCAAAAUUACAGGAAACAAAUCUCUUCAAGCCAACAUGGCUCUUGUAAAGAAUAAUGCAAAAGUGGCUGCAGAAAUUGCUUUACACCUUGGUCAAAUUCAAAGCAAUUGUUUGAAAAAUCCACCAGCAGAUGUUUCUCCUUCGAGACAGAGUCCUGUAGUCAUUGGAGGAGCAACACGCGAUACGGUAUGGCAAAUACAGGAGUCCGAGAUAAAAUUUGAUGGAAGAACUCAUAAGGGUUUUGGCCGAGAGAGCUGCGGCGGUGUGGCUCGUAACGUAGCGGCUGCUCUAAUCGGGCUGGGGAUAACGGGGACCAAACUGCUGUCGGUUGUGGGCAAUGACGGAUCAGGAAAAGCAGUACUCGACAGUCUCGGUGGAAGCAACGAUACGUUGCGGGUACUGCCGGGUAUAGAAACUGCAAAGUACAUCGGAAUAGUGAACAACGAAGGAGAACUUUUCUGCGGCAUCGGGCACACGGAGGCUUUUGACAAAAUUAGUCCCGCUUUGAUCAGUGAUUGUCGACAGCAGCUGUCGUGCGCCAACUUGAUCGUUCUCGAUGGAAAUCCGCCACUACGAUCGAUUCGAACCGUAAUAGACAUCGCCAGAAAAUCCAAGAUUCCGGUUUGGUACGAGCCCACAACGAUAUGCAAAGCGACUGCACUAUUUGAGGCUGGAGAUGAAUGGAAGAAUACUGUUCAUUUUAUUUCACCUAAUGUAAAUGAAUUACUGUCAAUAGCAAAAUGUUUUAAUAUACACAUACCGGAUAAAUCAGACUUAAGCAUAGAAAGAAUAGAGAAAAUUGCAGAGCAAUUGGCAGAAGACAUUCCAGUCGUUAUAACAACUUUAGGUAUACAGGGUGUAUUGGUGACACGGAGAGGUUUAAGAAAUGAUCCUUUCUACCAGUCAGAAUCGCUACUUGAAAGGGGCCCCCUACAAUCCCAUUUGUAUCCUUCACAUUUUAAACUUUCUGAAGACAAUCAGCCAUUGAGCGUAACUGGUUGCGGUGAUUGUCUAGCUGCUGGAAUUAUUUGUGGGAUUCUUCAAAAUUUAAGCGAAGCUCAUUGCGUUUCACUUGGUCUACAAGCAGCAGUUCUUUCGUUAAAGUCUUUGCAUCCAGUGCCUUCUACAUUAUCUGAACUGCGAAACUUUGUCGAUCUCAUGGGGAAGUAAUGUACUUGAUAUUUAAACUUUACAUUCUUAAAGAAUGUUUUUUAAAUAUAAUUAAAGUAACAUAUGUGUAAGUACUGACCAUUUAUACUUUUGUAUUGUAUACUUAUAAGUAAAUAGCGAUAAACCACUUUUA